AAUUCCAAAAAUCUUCCAUCUUACCCUCCUGUAAACCCACCCCUUGAUUUUGUUAUCCGAAAGAAACCCACCCGCCGUAAAGCGCCAAGCACAGCGCCGCCACCCCGCUCCCUUCCUCCCCUCCUCCCCUCCUCUCUCUCCACCGCCAUGCCCACCGGAGUCCACAACAGAAAUCAAACUCGUUGAAUCAGAAUCCUCACUUAAUUCAUAAUCUCCCUCCCUCCGUCUCAAAAAUGUUUUGUCAUCGAGUAGGAGCUCCGCCGUCACAAACCGAACUCCUUCCGCUCCGGAGACGUACCGUUUCUGAAGUCCAAAAUGUCCCCGCGUCCCUUCAACUCUCUCUCACCCAAAAACCGUAAAAAGGGUCCUCGUAUAAGGGCGGUCUCCAUAGAUGAAAUUCCACCAAAUGCCCUCCGCCGGAAGCGAGACCCGCAAUGGAGAGGCGGGUUUAGCGUAGGGGUAGAUUUGGGACUGUCACGCACCGGCCUUGCCGUCAGCAAAGGCUUCACCGUAUUGAAUUUGAGAGGGCAGAAGCUUGAGGAUCAGCUGCUUGAGAUCGCAAAGAAGCAGGAGGCAGAUGAGUUCAUAGUUGGCCUUCCGAAAUCGAGUGAUGGGAAAGAGACGCCUCAGUCUAACAAAGUUCGUAGCGUUGUUGGAAGGCUUGCUGUUAGUGCCGCUCAGAGGGGUUGGAGAGUGUACCUUCAAGAUGAAAAUGGGACGUCCAUGGAAGCCAUGGAUCGGAUGAUUAACGUGGGCCUCGACAAGUCUGAUCGACAAAGCCAAAUCGAUGCCUACGCUGCCAUGAUGGUGCUGGAGAGAUAUUUUUCCAUGUCAGGUGAGGGCACGGAGCUCGUACUGCCCAGGAAUCUGGAUCUUCAAGACAAACUUCGAAGAGGGCUGCCUAUAGAUACCGAUUUUUUCGAUGAAGAUUACGAGGAUUGACGAUUCAAUGUUAACCGUGAAACUCAGUACGUAUGCCCAAAAGUAUGUACGUGAAUAUUGUUCAAAGUUGUAAUUGCAGUUUUACAAUGGGAUGGGAUAACAGAACGGAAGGGGAAAACAGAAAAAUGUGACUCGUACAUGCUCCGCUUGCAAGAAAUCAGUACAAAUGCUCUUAGCAUAUAGCCAAAUUUUCUUCUUCUAGCUUGGAUAUGCAUUACUACCAGUUACUUUCUUUGUAUUGCAUCAUAAUCACUGUUCUAAAAAUUCCCACCUGGCGCCGCCUACGCUCCGCGUAGGCUAAGCGGCUAAUCACUGUCCCGAUUAGUCCCUCCUCGUUUGAAAAUAAAAGAAAGUGCGCCUAGACCUGCUUAGGUAUCCACCUAGCCCACUUAGAUGUCCACCUAAGCACCUGUCUAGGUCACAACUCUUAUUUAAACAGGAUAUCGAUUACUUCCGUUUUGCAUUUUAUUUUGUCAAUAAAAUGUAACAUAAUUGUUAAAUACUUGUUCACUAUAUGCUUGUUAUCAUGUUUGUAAUGUGUUUUAAUA